CUCUUAUAAUCACCUCAGCUCCAAAAAACCAAUUGAUUCCUACCCACUAUUCAGCUUUUUGAACCUCCACAAUCAGAAAGAUGGGUUGCUGUUGCUGCUGUGUAAGUGGGCGCAAACCACGCCGCGAAUCGAUUAUCCCGCAAGAUCAGGAGUCAAUCGGUCCACCACCCCCAUACGACGCCAAAGAUAUCCACGAAUCCGAAAAUGUUGUCACAGCUCCAGUAGAGAAGCUGCCAACACCUACCUACCAAGCCCGAACCGGUAUCCGCUCCCAGGAUAUGAGACUCUAUCAAGCUGCAGCUGGUGGACACCUGGAGAGCGUGAAGAGUUUAUUGGCAAAAGGAGUCAACCCAUCUGAUCGCACGGUCUGCGAUUGGUGUCCCCUUCACUGGGCAGCACACAACGACUUAGAAGACGGCUUUGAAAUUGUCAAACUCCUAGUCGAACAUGGCGCAGAUGUCAAUCAGGUGUCGGAUACGGGGCUUACGCCAUUGGACUUGGCGACUAGGGCUGAGAAGACGGAGAUUGUGCAAUAUUUGAAGGAGAAGGGGGCAAUGUCGGGUGCGGUAUGUGGGGAGAUUAAUCGGGUUAGGAGUAGGGGGAAGCCGAGGAGGAUUGUGAGAGGAAGUGAUGUUGCUUCUUCUUCUUGCUAAAAGGGAUCAUGAUGAAUAUGUUGGUGCUACUUUAUUACAGUUUCGAGUUCGAUGUUCUACUAUUAGUAUACGGAUUUUGAAUAUUGCUAUCUAUAUCAAUGUUGCUACGGCCAACUUGAGGUUUACAGGCUCUGG